CGCCCGCGAGUCAGCGCGCGCGUUCUCGCGUUCCUCGGCGUCCGCGAAGAUUCCCCAAACUUCGGCCCUGUCGCGCGCUCGGGCUCGCGCGCGCGCUCGCUCCCGUGGUCCCGGGCCCCAAGAGUUCGGCGGUGUCUGCGCGUGCGCGCUGCUUAGCCUGGUCCCCGCCCCAAGCGCGCCGGGCUUCCAGGGCACCACAACCAUGUGCUCGUUAGCUACCGGCGGCCGGGGCGCUGCUGCGGCGGCGGAGGAGGACCUGCCAGAACUGUCCGACAGCGGUGACGAGGCCGCCUGGGAGGACGAGGACGAGGCUGAUCUCCCCCACGACAAGCGGCAGACCCCCUGCCUGUUCUGUGACAGAUUAUUUACAUCUGCUGAAGAAACAUUUUCACACUGUAAGUCUGAGCAUCAAUUUAACAUUGAUAACAUGGUCCAUAAACAUGGACUUGAAUUCUAUGGAUAUAUUAAACUAAUAAAUUUUAUUAGACUUAAGAAUCCUACAGUUGAGUAUAUGAAUUCCAUAUACAAUCCAGUGCCUUGGGACAAAGAAGAGUAUUUGAAGCCGGUACUAGAAGAUGAUCUUUUACUUCAAUUUGAUGUAGAAGAUCUGUAUGAACCGGUGUCAGUCCCAUUCUCAUACCCCAAUGGACUCAGUGAAAAUACCUCUGUUGUUGAAAAAUUGAAACAUAUGGAAGCCAGGGCACUGUCUGCUGAAGCUGCAUUAGCUAGAAUGCGUGAGGAUCUGCAAAGAAUGAAACAAUUUGCUCAGGAUUUUGUGAUGAACGCAGAUGUCAGAACCUGCUCGUCAACUACUGCCAUUGCAGACCUCCAGGAGGAUGAGGAUGGUGUUUAUUUCAGCUCAUACGGGCAUUAUGGGAUACACGAAGAAAUGCUAAAGGACAAAGUACGAACAGAAAGUUACCGUGAUUUUAUAUACCAAAAUCCACAUAUCUUCAAAGACAAGAUAGUUUUGGAUGUUGGUUGUGGAACUGGAAUUCUCUCUAUGUUUGCUGCUAAAGCUGGGGCAAAGAAAGUUCUUGGAGUUGAUCAAUCUGAAAUCCUUUACCAGGCAAUGGAUAUCAUAAGAUUAAAUAAACUUGAAGAUACUAUCAUACUAAUUAAAGGAAAGAUUGAAGAAGUUCAUCUUCCUGUAGAAAAAGUGGAUGUUAUUAUAUCCGAGUGGAUGGGCUAUUUUCUUCUUUUUGAGUCUAUGUUAGAUUCUGUCCUUUAUGCAAAGAACAAAUACUUGGCAAAAGGAGGAUCGGUCUACCCUGAUAUUUGCACGAUCAGCCUUGUGGCAGUAAGUGAUACGAAUAAACAUGCUGAUAGAAUUGCUUUUUGGGAUGAUGUCUAUGGCUUUAACAUGUCCUGUAUGAAGAAAGCAGUUAUUCCAGAAGCUGUUGUAGAAGUUGUAGAUCCAAAGACUCUUAUUUCAGACCCUUGUAGCAUUAAGCAUAUAGAUUGCCAUACAACAUCUGUCUCAGAUUUGGAGUUUUCUUCAGAUUUUACCCUGAAAAUCACAAAGACUUCUUUGUGCACGGCAAUUGCUGGCUACUUCGAUAUAUACUUUGAGAAGAAUUGCAACAAGAGAGUCUUGUUCUCUACGGGCCCCCAGACCACCAAAACACACUGGAAACAAACAAUAUUUCUAUUGGAAAAGCCAUUUUCAGUUAAAGCAGGUGAAGCCUUGAAAGGAAAGAUCACAGUUCACAAGAAUAAAAAAGAUCCACGUUCUCUCAUUGUGACCCUCACAUUGAAUAAUUCAACUCAAACUUAUGGUCUCCAGUGAUAAACCAACAACAGCACAACUAACAGUUUUUAUUGUAGGGGUGGGAUGCAUAGGGAGUGGGGGAAGGGGCUUUAAUGGGAGCUCAUAGAUGAUGGUCUUUUCCUAAUGAGUCUCCUCAAUAGAAUCGGGAUAGGAAUCCGAUGUCGUGCAGCUAAGGAGUGGAAUCCACUGAUCCUAGCGGUCCACCUACAUAAUCACAUUCUUAGAAGUCUGGUCAGCGAGAGAUUUAACCAAAUGUAGCCCCUGCACUGAGUUUAGCUUUAUUAAAAAUUACUUCAAUUGGCCUAAAUUUGAAACAGAAAUAGUCUUUUGUUGUUUUUAGUAAGUUUCCUACUGUAAAUUUCAGACACUGGUAUUUGAUUAGUUGUUUGGAUAAUGUUUUAUUAAACUAGUAACUAUACAAAAGGCAUUACACAUUUUAUUGCAGAUUUCCUCUCUGAGGAGGAGUAGUUUUCAGUUGUGUUGUUAGAGUGUCACGAUAUAUAAUAGAUUAAAGACCAAGUGUAAGGGGCUAAAAUAUGAAAAAGAGUAUCACACAGUUCAUAUUUGAAGACAGUUUAGUUGAUUAUCGUACAGUUACCUAGUUUUUGUAGUUUCUUCCCUCUUCGCAAAUAUUCUUUAACCAUUUAGUUUUCUAGUGUUGCCCUGGAAAUGUAAUUCCAAUACAUUUAUCCUAGGCUUCAUAAAAGUUUUUAAAGAUUGGGAUAAAUAUGUGUUUAUUUACUAAUGUAAUGCCUUUUUCAAACUAGAUUUAUGUGUGCAAAGUUAAACUUGUAACUCUUAAUGUACUUAUAACACUCUAUACAAUUGUGUCAUUUACAAUUAUUGACUCAGUUUGAAAUGCAGAAUAGAAAACAUUUAAUAAAAUGUAUACAACAGCCAUUUGCAUUAUAAAAUAACAUUUUAAAAUAUUAAGGCUUUUUAUAAAAUCAGAAGUACUUAGUCUUUUUUUGAAAAUUUUUUAUUAAAGUAUUACAUUAGUUUCAGGUGUACAACAUAGUGAUUCAACAUUUAUAUACUUUACGAUGUGAUCACCACAAGUCUAGUAGCCAUCUGUCACCAUAAAAUGUUAUUAGGAUAUUAUUGACUAUAUUCCCUGUGCUGUACGCUACAUUCCUGUGGCUUAUUUAUUUUAUAAUUGGAAGUUUGUACCUUUUAUUCUCCUUUAUCACCCAGUCCCCUAACCCCCUUCCC